GGGGGCUGAGAGACUGGAGGGAUUCGAGUGUCUCUGAGCGUCUUCGUCCUCCAGGGUGGUAUCUUGCUCCGCAAUGAACUUUCUAGAGCACCCUGGAAUCCUGCUGCUGCUAUCCCAGCUGGCAGUCGGGACGCUGGCCCAGACACAAAUGUUGGAGGCCUCCGUGUGGCCAUGGCCGCAGAAGAUCUACGUUUCCCCCAAUCAGACUUUCGCCCUGAACCCCAGCCUCUUCCACUUCCAGUACUCGGCUGCCUCGGCAGUGCAGGCGGGCUGCUCGGUGCUUGACGAAGCCUUCGUCCGCUACCUCCGGAUCAUCUUCGGGACCGGGCCCUGGCACUCUCCCGACCGGGAAAAGAGGAAGGAACCAAUGAAGAAUUCAUUGGAUGUCUUUGUGGCUGUCCCUGGGUGUGACCUGUUUCCUGAAAUGAACUCUUUGGAGAACUACACUCUAACUCUCAGUGAUCAGCAGUUUGUCCUGAAAUCUCAUACUGUCUGGGGAGCUCUCAGAGGCCUAGAGACUUUUAGCCAGCUCAUUGGGAGAUCCUCUGAGGGUAUGUUCUACGUCAAGUGGACAGAUAUUGUAGACUUUCCCCGAUUCCCUCACCGAGGCUUGCUGCUGGACACAUCUCGUCAUUAUCUGCCACUGCAAGCCAUACUAGAGACACUGGAUGUCAUGGCAUAUAACAAAUUCAACGUGUUCCACUGGCACAUUGUCGAUGACCCUUCUUUUCCAUAUGAGAGUGUGACUUUCCCUGAGCUUAGCAGAAAGGGAUCCUUUGACCCUGCCUCCCACAUCUAUACAAUGGAAGAUGUAAAGACAGUCAUUGAAUAUGCCCGAUUGCGAGGUAUCCGAGUCCUGGCAGAGUUUGACACACCAGGCCACACUUUGUCUUGGGGAAAAGGUAUUCCUGGACUGCUGACUCCUUGCUACUCAGGACACAUUCCUUCUGGCAGUUAUGGUCCAGUGAAUCCCAUCCUCAACAGGACCUAUGAGUUCAUGGCUUCAUUCUUCCAGGAGAUCAGUAAUGUUUUCCCAGACUUUUAUCUUCACCUUGGAGGAGAUGAGGUUGAUUUCACCUGCUGGCAGUCCAAUCCAGAUAUCCAGGCCUUCAUGAAGGAAAAGGGCUUUCAGAACUAUGAGCAACUGGAAUCUUUCUACAUUCAAAAGCUGCUGAACAUUGUGUCUUCCUACAGAAAAGGCUAUAUAGUAUGGCAAGAGGUUUUCGACAAUGACGUGAAGCUGAGUCCAGACACAGUGGUGCAUGUGUGGAAAGAAACAAAACCUGUACCAUAUGCCAAGGAGAUGGAGAAAAUCACCAAGGCUGGGUACCAUGUCUUGUUGUCUUCUCCCUGGUACCUGAACCGCAUCUCCUAUGGGCAGGAUUGGCAGGAUAUCUACAGUGUGGAGCCUCUGGACUUUGAAGGCAGUCCUGAGCAGAAGUCUCUGGUGAUUGGGGGUGAAGCUUGCAUGUGGGGCGAGUUCGUGGACGUGACCAAUCUGACCCCCAGACUCUGGCCCAGAGCAGGAGCUGUGGCAGAGAGGCUUUGGAGCAGCGAGUCAGUGAAAGACAUGGAGUUGGCAUAUGCCCGGCUGACAAACUUCCGAUGUGAGCUCCUCAGGCGAGGUGUCCAGGCCCAGCCUCUCUAUGUAGGCUUCUGUGAACACGAUUUCGACCACUGACCAGAGCAGUCCUUGAAGUCACCUUAGAUGUGUUGAUUAUCCAGGAAACUUGGGGCGUCCCAGGCUGGCUCUCUAGCCAGGUUAAGACCCAUGGGGUGAGCACACCUCCACGUGCAUCCCAGGGCCCUCCGGUGGAGAGGGGGAUGGCAUUUGUGCCGGGAUUCAGCUCCAAUAAAGGAUUUUGUAACAAAGAAA